ACGUAAGGGCUCCUUCAGUCAAUGCAGAGUUGCACUCUCUACUUAUAUAUCCUAAUGUAUAAUACUUUUAACAAAACCGAUCGUCUUUUCGACCUCCUGUUCGUUAUUUCUCUUUUCCCUUGGUGAUAGUGUCUGUGUGGGAGUGUUCCCAGACAAGAAGCAACGUUAUUUGUUGUUUUUUGUCAUUUAAAAUGACAAAUGACGUUUGCUACCUGGACUGAACACGAGUCCGUGGGUUCGUUAAAGGAUUGCACGAUUUAAUCCCCUCUGCGGAUUACAAAGACAUAUUACGAGCACAAGGUUUAGUACUGGACGCGUUGGAUUUCUGUUCCCUCUCUGUACCUGACCUACCUGACCAAUCACGGUUGAGACUGGGACAGGCACGUGGUUUCAAACAGCACUUCUAUUGCCAACGAAUCAUUGUGUCUUGGCAUUACAUAGCUUUCUAGUCCGUAUUUCUAUUUCUUAUUCCUAUUGCCUGUGCUUUUCUAUUGUGUAUAUAGGCUUAAUUGGGGUAUGUGAUGCUGUGUAGUAUAUCGAGUCAGUGAUCGCUGUAGUUUGACAAGAAUAGCACGGUCCUAACUUAACUAUGCCGACCGCACGAAAACAAUGGAGUGCUCCUUCCAGUAUGUUUAUAUUUAAAUGAUCAUAUGUGCCGACCGGAGGGCAAACAGGUCCGCAGCAAGCUACGCAAAGACAAAUGGCUGGUACUGGCGCUCCAACGGAUAAGUUUACCUCGCACUGUUGUAAGUCGUGUUACUUGUGUCACAUCUUCGCUAAAUGCGAACUAUAUCUGGUGCGUUUAGGGACAAGAUCAAACGCUUCGGUCUGAGGAGUGUCUCAAACAACAGCUGGUUUCGUUACUUUCGCAUGUCUGCCGGUAAAACAUUUGUACUAUAUGUAUUAUCUAAAUCGCCUUUUCCAAAUUUUUAAUGAAACAUGUUAAUAUUGAUGUAAUUUUUUAUUAACUGACACGUGACGGGCGAAGAACAUUCUGGGCUGGAGGAAUUUUGAGAAUUCUUCAUUGUCCGACAAACCGUUCAUUUCUUUUCGUCGACAAAGGAAGAUACGAAAAGUCGAAGAAGCACGUGGCGAUGGACGAGAGUAUGCUGAGCGAAUUAUUUAAGAACUUGAUGUGUGAGGAGCAGCCAAUGAACCAAACUAAUUUGACGGUGGCAUUGUCGGAGUCCUUAGGCGGUACCUCUGCGUCUGCAUCGCAACGUCUGUCGGACGUUUCAACGCCUGUUACGAACAAUCUUAUGUCCAGCACUGGCUCUUCGUCGGCGGCUGCAGAAGAGACAAAUCGACAGGAGGCUAGGGAAUUAAGGAUACAGGGACGCAUUCAAGCGUUGAUGCAUGUCAGGGAUUGCAUAGACGCCAACUGUCGUUUUCGAAGUUGCCAGUGGACUAAACAAGUAUUGACACAUUGGAAUAUCUGCAAAAGUAGGAUAAGAGGCGGUUGUCACAUGUGUAAACAGCUGAUAUCGCUGUAUUGUUAUCACGCACUAGUCUGCCAAGACACCAAUUGUCCCGCUACAUUCUGUCACAAAAUUAAGAGCGGAUUAAAGAAGUUUCAAUUGAAACCAGAGCCGCAAGUGAUUAGGUUAGUGGAAUCAUCGAUUUGUAGCGUUCGUAUUAUUACGCUAAUGCAAAUUAAAGUAUACAUUCUAUUGUCUUCUUUCAAGCAUUGUUCUAUCGACGUUUGUUCAAUAAUGAAAUGCAGAAUGCUGUGUCUAAACUGAGACGAGUGAAUAUAUUUGACUUCUUCACAUGUCCUUGAAUAUUGUUAACGUUUUUCAAUUUGCUCAUAAGACUUACUUACUCCUUGACUUUCAAUCACUUUCACUCUGAAUAAUAUAUCGUUUUAAGUUAUUUUACUUCUUGUUUAUUUUUAAAUUUAAAUAAACUUGUCUAUCUCUGUAGCUAUAAAUAUCUUGUAUAUCAAAAAUGUUUGUUGGUUAGUCGCAUACGAAAUUUAUGCCUGUGAUGAAUACGAGGCCAACCGGACCUGUAGGCUCGGUAGCUGGAAUACAGCUGGACAACGGAUGAACAGACCCCAAACGUAAUUUUGAUGAGCUGGACCAUGCCCGUCAGGUUCGACAACUUUUACUGCCGACGCUUUCAUAAUUUUAGAAAACACAGAACUGAUAUUUUUUUUAUGUAACACUUGCAAUGUAUAGAUAAGAGCAAUAUAUGUCGAUUGUGAAUAUUGUUACAUUAUUAUUAAAAGAAUCCUAUCUUUGUUUCUCUCCUUUCGUACAAUGUGCGACUUGAUGCACAAGGAACGGAGGUGAGACUCUCUUUCCCUCUCUCUUUUUUUACAGCACCCUUUACAAACUGUCGUGCAUAUCUCGCAUUUGUAGAACUGUAGAAUUGGAAAGACCCACGUUCGCGGACUUGCCAUUUCAUUUUUCUCGGCUGACGUAAGACACGCGUGAGGAGACAAAAGUUCUUCUAU